UACGGAGGGGGGGCGCGCAGGCGAAACCGAGUCGGGCCGCUCGCGAAGAAGGAGUCCGAGCGAGCAACGGGUCGGAAACCGUCCGCGGCUUCAACUCAGUGCCGAGAAAGGGAAAAAAAUUAUUCUUACAAAAAAUAUUAAAAAAAGGAGGGAAUCUCUUCCUGUGCUUAUUUAGCUGUGCUCUUCCGGGAUUAGUGCUUGUGCCCCGUCCCGAGCCGAGAUGGCCUACAAAAUUCGCGAGGAGCUCGUCGGGAAAAGGUUCCUGUCAGUGAGUGCAUACAAAAAUAAUGUGAAAUUGGGGAAAAUCAGUGAUUGGUGUUGGAAGGCUGGAGUUAUUCGUGCUGCAACACACAAGGAUAACACAAAUAAAGAUCUACAGGUCCUGGUCGAAUAUGACGACAGAGAGUGGCAACGACGUGAGUGGGUCGCAGUUCAUAAACCAGGCGUUUUCCACGCUUUCCUCGUCGAAAAGACUCUCGUCUGGUGCUCAAAAUCCGAUUCGGCGAGGAGUCCAUGCAGCAAUCUAGCUCCAGCACUUACUUUCUCUGCCAUAUUGGGCGGAGCAGAGCUGUCUUGUUGCAAAAUUGAGCCAGUCGAGUUCCUCAAAGAGCGGACGAUUGCCUUCAGGGACCCGGCUACAUUCAGGCCGGCCCAGGAUUUUAUAAGAAAGUGGUCCGACGACCCGGCGGUCCAAGAAUGGACGAGAGCGCAGGACGGACAAGGGAUAAUCCUCGCGACACCGAGCGUCCUCGUCGGCUACAGGGUACAAGUUUACAGGUCAGAGGGCACGACACAAUGGUACACAGCGGUCAUCGUCGGAUACAACGAAGCCACAAGGGAGCUGACAGUCACAGAUGACACGGUACUAGAAGACCACAACGAAGAUCCAUGCCUUGUUCAGAUGCGGCUCAUUGGAGACGGUGUCGUGGAGUCGAUCAUGAAAGGAGAAGACGUCGGGAUGACCCCGAGGAGGUCGCGGUCCAACUUCAUGCUUCACCAUCGGACAAUCCCUCGAGGAAAGAAGCCGGCGAAGAUCUCGAGGAAGUCAGUGGAAAGGAAAUCGGCUGUUUCACGAGUUCCACGUGCUACAAAGCCGCCUUCGCAACCACCUGACCGAGGUAAAAGGAGUACCCGGUUACUGAAGGAUUACAGCAAACUAGGAAAAUCUACGAGCCAGCCUUCAUCUGACAAAGAAGACAAAGAAGACCGUGGAAGGACACUCAGAAGCCUAAGGUCCAACAGCAUAAGCAGGGAUCACCUCCAAGAAAAGCGAAUAAAGGUACGGCCCGUGCCUAAAGUGAAAAAGAAAGAAUCCCCGAAAAAGGAGGAGAAGAAGAAGCGGCCCGAACCGUUAAAAGAGGAGGAACAGCCGAAGGAGGAGGCCGUGUCGAAAGAGGAGCCGGCCGAAGGUGAGGAGAAGAAGCAGGAGGACGAAGGUGAGGACGACGAGGAGGAAGAAGAACAAGUGAAGUUAGAAGUUGAAGUGAGUGAUGUGUGUAACCGUGAGGAAGAAGUAGUGGAAGAGACGAAGGCAGAGCGGGAAGAGAAGGAAGAAACCCAAGAGGAGCGAAGGCAAGAGACGGCAGAAGGAAGCCCUUGCAUUGAUGAUGAUGACGGGCCUUUGCCUGCCUCUUCACCGUUCAGGAUGGAGGACACAGUGGGAGGAGGACUUCUUCGCGAUGACAGAUCAGACUCUGGAGUAAGCUCGCUAAGAUCAGCAGGAAGUGGCGAUGAGCGUUCUGGAUCGCGUUCAAGCGCUCUGAGCACGACCCCUCCACCGACCCAAAGGAAAGUCUCCGAGCAGGUUUGGCGCGAGGGCGGUAUGUCACAGCCGCCGCAGGGGUAUCCCGGGGGUGGCCCACCGGGUAUCCUAAUCCCUCCGCCGCCGCUGUACUCCCCGCUGCCCCCAGAGCUGUGGGCCGUGAAAAGAUACCCGUCGCUUCCGGCCACCUCGACGCACCUGGCACCGCCAUCCGAAGACUCCGAGAGGGCGUACCACCAGCACGAGAGAGGCCGGCUAAUGAGGGAGAGGCAAAGGGAGCAGGAAGUUAGAGAACUGGAGAAGCAAAAGGAAAAAGAGAGAGCCGAGGCGAAAGAAAGGCAAGAAAGGGACCGACUAGAGAAACAAAGGGCCGCCGAACAAGCGGUCCACAAACACUUCGAAGAAUCCCUCCGACUCGCCCAAAGCAAGAGAAACAAUAUGGGCUGGAUUAACAGUCUACCUGGCCCUCCUGGCAGCAGGUCAGAAGAGGAGAGGAAACAGCAUGCCCAGCAGCAACAAGCGCAUGCAGCUGCAGCCGCAAUAGUUCACGAUCAGCAAACGAGGAUAUUAGCAGAAAGGAUACGUCAACAAGAAGUGAGGGACAGGGCAUAUUACCAGCAGCAGGCUUCAUCAACCCCGGCGCGAGUGUCGAUUUCGAACAAAGUCGAUUAUCCACCUCAAAGCCACAGGGCAAUGAAACAGAUGCAAGCCGAGAAGCAACAACAACAGCAGCAGCAGCACACCGCCCUGCCGAAGGCCGAGCCCAACUUUAACUUUUUUAACUUGCCUAGGUACCAGCCCAUGAGUUACCUUCACCAUGAGAAAUCGAAAGAUUUGAAGGUUCAGGCAGUAGAAAUUCCGAACCCGCCGCCUCUCAUGAGUGACCUUAAGAGCUCUGUGAUAGUGAAAAAUGACAAGUCACCUGGCUUGGACAAAAUACAUUCGCCAAGUCCGAAGCUAAGAACGGACUACCUUCCAACGUCCAAGUCACCGUUUGAAUACAGGAGCCCUUCCCAAUCUCCUCACCCACUCUCUCAGACGUCACCAAGCCCUCAUUUUGAUGGUCAGAACCUGGCUAGUAUUUCUAAGGUACACAUGCAUAGAACACAACUUUUAUCGCCCCAUCCACAACAGAGACAAUCACCCCAUCAACAAAGGCAGUCACCGCACACCCAACAUAGGCAAUCGCCUCAUCCACAACAUAGGCAAUCUCCACACCACCCACCUUCCCCUCAUUUACACCCUCAUCCUAGUCCUCCUGCUAUGGUGACAACAUACAGUAAGUCAGCUACGGUGAGCUCAUACCCUUAUCCAGCCGCUGCUGUACAUUACGCUCCCCCCACAACACCACCUAAAACGAUGGUCAACACUCCGACAGUUUGUUACAAACCGAGCCGCCCUACUAGAAACGACAUCGUUUCAAAACCUUUGACCCCUUCUCCUUACCAACAACUCUCACAACACAACCUCCCACCCCCACAUCAAACGGCUCAAGGGAGUGGACUUCCACCUCCACCAGCUGCACAUGCCACAAAGACGUUUUCUGGACAGGGAAUUAUAAGCAUCACGCAAGUAACUCCUACGUCACCACAGCAAUUACAACCACUUGACCUCGGAGUUAAAGAAGAGCCUCAAUCUCCAAAGCGAAAAGCGGAGGAAAUACCUGAGGAAGUAGACUUGAAAAAAGUCAAAACAGAGGAAGAACCUGUACUUGCGAGAGUGAGUGAAGCGAGUCCUCUGUUGGCAACGGCAGCAACCACUAUUACUACUGUACUGAAUACGUCCCUUCAACAGGACCGGCCUCAGACCCCGACUAAACCGACUGAACCAGAGAAGUCCAACUCACCUCGGCCAUCAUAUCCAGUUCAUAAGCUCAAAAAGGCCUGGUUACAAAGACAUUCUGGUGAAGAUACAACAGAAAAUUCUAGUGAUGUGAAAUGUAGUGGGACUUGUGUGACCCUCCCCAUGCCCGUUCCGCCCAGUGUUCCUGUUAAAAAAAGUGAAGGUGUAGUGAACUCAAUACACAGUAUAGGUUCGAUGGCAGUAAAUUCUAUAUCGUUAGGGAAAAAGCCAAAAGUGAAUCGUAAAGGACCCAAGGAGUUAAAUGGACACAUUAAUGUGAAAACGCCUGAAGGAGAUGAUUCUUCGAGUUCAGAUCCCGAACGGAAAUCAACGCCACAGAAAAGAGUACCUCCUAAAGUAAAACGGAAGAAAGGUGUUCGUAAAACUGUUCCUGAAGAGGCAAAAAGAAAAAAGACGAGUGUUUCUAGUACGGACAGUGAUAAAGAAAGUGGCAGUGACAAAGAAUCAGACAGCAACAGUACAGGUAGUAAAAAGAAAGAAGAGAAAACCAAAGAAGGAGGCAAAAAAAGAGGAAGGAGACCAAAGUCUACGCCGUCAAAAAACGGAAAUGAGGAGGAGUCGCGGAAGAAGAUCAAAGAAGAAGACAGGACAACCCCACAGCGUGACCCCAUCCAAAAACCUAGCGUGGGGCAGCUCAAGAAAACAGGCGAGAGCUUCCUUCAAGAUGGCCCUUGCUUCGAGGUGGCGCCUAAAUUGGCCAAAUGUAGGGAAUGCCGGUGGACGCCAAACCAACGAAACAGGAACAUGCCCAACAUCUUCUGCCGGUUUUAUGCCUUCAGGAGACUAAGGUACACCAAGAAUGGGCAAUUAGCCAUCGCUGGAUUCUCCGAUCCCCAUCGGGAUGCUCUACAAGAUGACUUGAAGCUGUGGUUGCCAAGUGAGGGUACCUCUCCACCUGGUCUUGAUGUCGACAUGUCAAAGUUCCUACUUGCUCAAGUGGGUGAUCAAUUUUGCGAUCUCCUCCAACAAGAAAAAGAAGCUGUAUCUGUACAUAUGUCUGAAGAUAAAACAAUAGCAUGGAAAAGAGUCGUACAAGGUGUCAGGGAGAUGUGCGACGUAUGCGAAACUACACUUUUCAAUUUCCAUUGGGCUUGCGUUAAGUGUGGUUUUGUCGUAUGCAUCGAUUGUUAUAAGGGAAGGAAAAAUGGUACAAUAAAGGCCUGGGGCGACACUGGACGUGAUAGAGAUGAAAUGUCGUGGCUUUUGUGCACGAAUAGGCAGGGCCACGAGCAGGAGAAGCUCAUGCUGACUCAGAUCAUAGCCGGUGACUCGCUCAACCAACUUGGACAGAAGAUCCAUGGGAUCCGGCAGACCUGGGGUCAGCAGUGCCACUGCGAGUGCUUCGGCAUCUCAAACGGUGUCUCAAAGGAGGUCUUUAAAAAUGCGUUGUCCAAGAAAAAAGAACUGAAUGGCGACAGUGGUAGGGAAAAGAAGGAAAAUAAGUCUGAUGAUAACAGUUCCACCCUAUCAUGGUUGGCUGAUGUAGCCCUUUCCGAAGACAAGAAGAAAACCUCCGAGGAAAAAGAAGAGAAUGAGUUUACGUCAGAUGAUGACAAGGAUAGUAACUACUCAACCCUCCGUGAGCUCUUAAUCAGGCCAUCAGGAAAGAGCAACGGCUCGAGAGCCCCUUCCCCGGCCAAAAGCCAACUUGAAACUCUCGACCAAGUGAUUUCGACAGUAAUUGAACAUCAGGUCGCAAAGGACGAGGCCAGGGGUGAGCUCAAGCACUUUGUCCGUAAGUUCAGGAGAAUCGGAGGCCCGAACGGAGUCACGGUUGAUCCAAGCCUACACGUCCGGAUAAUGACAAUGACUGAAAGUAAAAGUCUUUACCCAGAUGUGCCUCAUUCUUGGCUCUGCGGUGGCACCCUUUUGAGACUUCUGGACUCGACCAAUCCUAAAAACUACGUCGCCUUCCAAGAUCAGUGGAAAAGAGGACAACCAAUUCUAAUAUCAGAUGUUACAAAGCAUCUUGACUCGGACCUCUGGACGCCGGAAUCUUUCGCGAGGGACUUUGGCGAAACGAGAAAUGAUCUCAUAAACUGUAUUAAUGGUAACACAGUCCCCAACCAGCCGAUGAGGAAGUUCUGGGACGGUUUUGAAUCCGUCAGCAAGAGACUGAAAGACGAGAGGAACAACCCAAUGAUCCUCAAAUUAAAAGACUGGCCCCCGGGCGAAGAUUUUGCUGAAAUGCUUCCAUCCAGGUUUAACGACUUGAUGAAAGUACUUCCAAUGGCGGAAUAUACAAAUAGGACUGGCAGGCUGAACCUUGCUUCGAGACUUCCGGAAUGUUUUGUCCGUCCUGACCUUGGGCCAAAAAUGUAUACGGCUUAUGGCUCUGCAACCCACCCAACCGCCGGAACUACCAACUUACAUCUCGACAUCUCAGAUGCAGUGAAUGUCAUGGUGUAUGUUGGCAUCCCGACAGAUGUUGAUCAAGAACAGUGUUGUAAAGAUGUAUACCGAGCAAUUGACGAAGCUGGAUGUGAUCUCCUCACAAGACGACGGGUCAGAGAAAAAGGCCAGCUUCCUGGUGCUCUUUGGCAUAUUUACCUUGCCAGAGACUCUGACAAAAUUCGAGACCUCCUUAAUAAAGUGGCUUUGGAAAAAGGAGCUAGACCUGAACCACACCACGAUCCGAUCCAUGACCAGAGUUGGUACUUGGAUACUAGUCUAAGGGAGCGUUUGUACAAAGAAUACGGAGUCGAAGGCUAUUCUAUUGUACAGUGUCUUGGAGAUGCUGUUUUUGUACCUGCCGGUGCCCCACAUCAGGUGAGGAAUUUGCACAACUGUAUCAAAGUAGCCGAAGACUUUGUAUCGCCUGAGAAUGUUUCACACUGUUUCCACCUGACCCAGGAGUUCCGAGAUCUCUCAGACACCCAUACGAAUCAUGAGGACAAACUACAAAUAAAAAACAUAAUGUACCAUGCCGUCAAGGACUCGCUCGCCGUCCUCGAGUGCACCGACUCUUCGGGGCCAACGGCGAACAUGAAGAAAGAAGAGAAUGGAGACUCAUAGCCCACAGUACAAGAACCAAAGAACACCUUCAACUAGUGGUGCUAUUUUUAUUUCUUUUUUAAAAAUAAUUUUUCGUCUGUUAUCGCGGGAAACAAAUUCUUUUUCUUUCUUCAAAGAAAUUAUUCCUUGUUUUUUGAUUUUAUUGUUUUUAAUGUUUUCUUUUAAUUGUGAAUAACAAAACUAAUGUAGUUUUGGAUAGCUUUAAAUUUGUAAAAAAUAAAGGUUUUAGGAAAGCAGAUUUAUUUAAAAACAAAUCACUUUUAUUAAAACAAAAAAAAAAGAAACAUGAAACCUAAUUAAAAAGAUAUAUUCUCAAAAGACUUUAAUUUUGAAAAGAAGGUUUGUUUAGGUGGCUGUUGAUGGUAUUAUCUAUCUGUACAUAUUUGGACUUUGUUGUUGGAGGCAUUUUCAUUUAUGGAUGGUUUAAAACCUCCCUUUUUCCUUUUCUUUUUGUAAAAUUUACAUUUGUUAAAAAUAUUAUAUAUAUACAAAAGAUUAUUAAAAAAAACGAAAAAACAAACAAGAACAGGACGUUAGAAUAACGACUGAUGAUGAUAGUAUAUGUUAAGUUACUUUGUAAAUAAUUAUAAAUAUACAAAGUGUUUGUAUAUAUUUUGUACAUUUUUGUCCAAGUUUACAUAAUCAACGAUACAUUCUCAAGGUGACAGAAUAGUUUCAAAAUGAAAAAGUUGUUGCUCAUGAUGUAAGCAAGCAAACGUUGUAAAUAUUGUAAUUAAGAUGUGUCAAAAACAAAAACAAAAAAUAAUAAAAAACUAAUAAAAAAUAAAAUAAAUAUAUCCUGCUCUUCUUUACACUUUUUCUACAAUGGAUAUAGAUUUCAUUUGUAGAAUGAGGAUAUUUAAGUGGGUAACGGUUUUGUUGCCCUUUUAUGUGCUUUUUUUGUUUAACUUUUUGGGGCGCCCUUGAUCUCACUAUAUGUUUAAAUGCAAGGUGCAAUGUGCAUUUGUCUAUUUUAUAAAUGGAUAAAUAGUUAAAUAUAUUAUAUCAAUUAUUAUUUUAUAGUCAAUAUAAAAAAAUCUUCCCAUCUGUAAAAAUAAAAAACAAAAAAAAACAACAUAGUGUGUAAAAAAAUCAUUUUUCAGAUGGUACUUAACUGUUGUAUUUUCACUUUAUACUUGUUACCAUAUAUUACCGGUGUCUCUGUGUAUAUGUAUAUAUACAAAGACUGAGAGGUAUAAACAAUUUUUUUUUUAUUGUGAUUGUUUUUAUUUUCACUGUUUUCCAACAUCUGAGUGUAAAGGCAUGGGUGGGCGUUUUAUUAUCGAUGUUCAUUUUUCUGUUAACUUAGGAUUUAAUUGUUUGAUUGUAUCCAAUUUGUUCAUAUAGUAUAACAAAGAAACAUAAAAAGGAAAUCAAGCAUAUAAAUAUAUACAUAUAUAUUCUGUCCCAGUUCAUAAACAUUUCAUUGUUCAAAUGAAUAAUUGUUUAUUUCACAUUUUUAAAAAAGUGCUAUUUAAUAAAGUGCCAAUGUGGAUAUAAUGUACGGAAGAAA